AUGCGCUGCAUGGUUGGGCUGGCAUUGGCGACCACCGUGAUUGUCAUCACAUCAACUGCUUCAACUUCCGCGGAUAACUCGACCGCGCGCUAUGGAAAUAGCACCGCUGGAGCUACUGUGCGUCACAUUUUGCACUUUUCGGACGUACAUCUCAACAUUUCCAAGUCGCUGAACGCCAGCGAAUCGGCCGAGAUUCCCGUCGCCUAUGGUGACGACGCACCGAUGCGUUUGUUGGUAUCGGCUCUGGACUACGCGAAAAAGCUGCUACCCGAUCCUGAGUUCUUCCUCUACACGGGGGACCACGUGGUGCAUGGAGAACUGUCGGACGAAUAUCUCGCUGAAGCUGUCGAGGAGAACGUCGAGACCAUGGCCAAGUAUUACUCUACGGAGAAUAAUGGCACGGCUCUCGACAUCACGGCGAUCAUAGGCAAUGCCGACACAAGUCCUGACUACACCAUGAAUGUGACGGACCCCGAGACGGAGGAGAAUCCGAUGAUCGCAUUAAUUUCAGGGGCCUGGAACAAUACGAUGUCGAAGUCCAACCUCGAUUGGUUCAACCGCCGCGGGUACUUAGCGUACGCCUUGGACGAAAAUUUGAUCGUGAUCACGCUGAACACGCUGCCCUAUUCACCAAAUCAUCAUCCAGAUACGUCGGACUUGCCUGACCCGUUCGACCAAUUCGAGUGGUUGAAUGCAUCACUAUCCGAAUUGCGAGGGGCUGGCAAGUGGGCCUACAUCGUUGGCCACAUCCCUCCUAUUAUCGACUCGUAUGCUGGAGAACCUAUGUGGAACGAGACGUACAUCAAGACGUACAAGCAAAUUGUCAGCCAAUACACCGAUAUCAUCAAGGCCCAGUUCUUCGGUCACGUGCACAGCAUCGAGUUCCGAUUACCCCUUUCCAGCAGUUUGAGUUUCCAACUCCAGCAGGACGGAGUGACUGUGGACGAUGACUAUACAGACAGCUCGGAACUCGUGCCACUGUUUAUGACGGCGGCAAUUUCUCCGUUGUUCUUGAAUAAUCCAGCAUUUAUGGUCUGGGAUUUCCACGCUACGACGUAUGAUAUUCUCGACUUCACCGUUUACGGUGGCAACAUCUCGGAAGCCACGCAAGAUGUCGAUUGGAAGGCACUCUUCCAAGCAAGCACGGAGUAUGGCGUCAGUUCAUUGAGCACAUCGGAGAUUACCAGAUUUGUGGAGCGUGCAGCAGCGGACGCACAACUGUUGGAGCAAUACUACUUCAACUCGAAGGCCCAAUCGCGUCUCCAAUCAUCGUGUUUGGAUGCUGCGUGCCAAGCUGAGUGGUUGUGUUCUCUAUAUUGGUGGUCAACUGCGGCAGAUUUCACCUCCUGUGUAGCGUCCACCAAGGCGUCGAAGUCGAAGGAUACGUCUGAUAUCAAACCCUCAAUAUCUUCAUCAGCCGUGUCGCUCCUAUUCGCGACGGCUGCCAUUAUCGUGGGAGGUAUAGCCGCAACUGCAGUUUUUGUGCUGGUUACUGCGAAAGUAUGUCGCCGAGGAGGUGACCAGGCGGCUACAAAGCUCUUACAGCGCCAGCGUGUCCAUUUUGCAGCGAUGGUAUGACGAAUUAAUAUUGCGUGAGUUGAUAACAGCGAAUGUGUUUGUUUCGUGGCAAUAAAAGAGUUUUUUCAUAAAGAAAAUCUUUUCCCAGUUCAUUUUUGUUAGCCAGAUACGAGUAAAUAAAUUUUAGAAUUUCUAAGAAAGC